CACGAUUCAAAGUUCAAAGUGCAAUUUACCUCCAUAUUCAUUUGGCUUCCUGUUUUAUGUUGUAGGAAUUACAAAGAUGUUUGGCAGAAAGAUGAGAUGUCGCAAGGGCGAGAGCAAGGAUGAUGGAUCAUCCUCUUCUAGCCAGUCACGAUGGUCAUUCGAUCCACCACAAGUGGAUCCGAUGGAAUUUGACAUUCAUAGGUAUUCAUAUGCUUAUCCUAAGAGGAAUGAGCCACACAAUGCAAGAAGGUGGGCACCCAUUUUGAGUCUCAUCAAGUGAGAACAGUGGAGAACAUUAGGAGACUGACAUUUUGGAUGAUAUGGUCGUCCAUUCAGAUAAAGAUCUCGAGAUUUUGACUACCACUGGUGCAACUUAAUCCAUUACUACAAUUUUUACAUAUCACACAAAGCAAAAAGGUUGAGAAGUGGGAUCGAUAUCGAGUGGAGACUCAAGAAGAGCUGAAUUUGGAGGAGUUUUACUAGUACUGAGGUUGAGGGUGCUAGACUACGCAAGAUGCUUGGCAGUGGUGGACUAUUGGAGCUCUUCUACAUCAAUGGAGAUAUUGUAGGCAUACUGACGAGAGAGUUCAUGGCACUCUGGAGGUCAUUGGUAGGAAACUCAAGCCAGAUUGGUAUUACAUACAAAUUACCAUGGAGGCACUUCAUGGACAGCUAUGAUAGCUUCAUGGGGAAGGUAGAGGUUCACUACAUCAUCUGACGAAGGGAUCUCUCUCUAAUGUUCACCUUAAAAGGAACAGCAAAAAGGGUCUCAAGCUUUAUGUUUCACUCAAAUUUGGUGCAAGAUAUUGAAGAAUAGGCCAUUUCUUGAUAGUAUAUGCUAACCCACUAAGAUUCGAAAAUAUUUGUUGAGGUUCAUGAACUACAUUGGACAAACCAUUUUUCACCUAAGAGCAAGAGGCGAGAGAGGUAAGGAGGUGACUACAAGCGACAUGAUACUCUAUCAUGCACUUAUCCAUGAUUGGUGGCUACAUCCAGCAUGGAUAAUGGUGGUCUACCUCGCCACCUAAGUAAGUGGUUAGGAGAGACCCUACAAAAUAAGAUAUUAGCCUUGAA